CUCAACUGUGCUUCUUGAUCUGUGAACUUUGGAUUUCCCGUUAAAAUUGUAGUUUAAUUUAAAUCAGGCAAACGCACGGUUGUAGCUUAACAAUGAAUCCAACACCCGGUAUUUUGAAUAGCAGUUUGUUUCUAUGCUUUUUGUUACUGUAUUUCUUACAAGUGGACUCCAUACACACCGAAGAGGGUUUGGAGCUCUUAUUUCGAGAAAGAUCACAAUCGGAUUGGGAAAAUGUCUGGCAUCAAGAGACGCACUCGCGCUGUCGCGACAAAUUGAUACGUCAACUAUUCUGGGCUUGUGAGAAGGAUAUUUAUCGGCUGACACGACGCAAUCGCAAACGUAUGGACGACGAAGCAAUGCAAAAAAGAAGCAAACCCAUCGCACGCACCUGGCUUAAAUUGAAUUAUGUCAACACGCUGUUGCGUACACGACGCGCCGAUGCGCCCUCGAUUACGAAUGAGUGUUGCACUAAGGUCGGCUGUACUUGGGAGGAGUACGCCGAGUAUUGCCCCUCGAACAAACGUCGCAAUCAUUACUGAGAUGAGGAGGAAACCAAAGCGGUUGGAAAAGUGGGUUAAUGGAUAAAGAAUAAUGGGAGUAAAGGUAUGCAACAUCAGGAAAAAUAUGUUCGAGCCGAGUCAUGAAAGUGAGCAAAUAUUUGUUAAACACAUGUUAUUUACAAAUAAACAGCAGCUGUUAUAUAAGAUAUGUAUAUGUAAAAAAUUUUAUGAGCGAUUAAGUUGAAAAAAAAAUGUAAUGUUAAAAUAAAAUAAAAUAUUAACGAAAUGCUUGUAAAAUAUUAUAGCUA